AUGCAAAGCUGGAAAUAUCCUAACAGACAAGGGGAUAAGCGAAGACAGCUCAGACUUACCAAAAAGUGCGCAAACAGAAUUUCAAACAAUAACCAAACGCAGGGACUGAAUCAUGCUCCAACCACGCGUGUAUCCCCGAACCGCGGACCAAUUGACCUGCGAAAUCAAGAUCUUGGCGCACAAAAAGCUCAGACUGUUCCAGAAACGCGCCGAAUGGAAACGACAAAAUACACAGAAUAUCCGAAACCAGAGCUGCAAGUUCCGCGCAAGCUGCAAGGUUCAGCGGUACCCGAGGAGGCGGUGAUUGUUCAGACCGCGGAGUAUAUCACAGCCAAUGGCUUUCGUUCCCGACGCGGGUACCGAGUCCAAUUGCGACAGAGUGUAUAA